AUGCCCGCCCCAUAUCAAGGAUAUCAGCCGGCUAAUGCGCAUGCUGCACCACCUCCAUACGGUCAAGCACCAACACAAUACGCACAAUUCGACUCUCAUGCUGGGGCUUACCGGGGGAACACUAAGACUACGGAAGAUAGCCUCCCAGCCAUGCCUUCCUGGGGCGACGCGCGGGAAACAAGAGUCGAGGAUCACGAACAUAAAAACGACAUGGAGCUGGGAAAUCUACAAAAACCCGCGACGGCGUCCAUGGCCGACUUGUCCCAGUCUCAGCGCCCACAACACACGGCCGUCUCGGACCUGAGCCACGACACGCACACAGGGUACACAGGCCCCGACUUUGGCGCCGGUGCAGGCCGAGCGCAACCACCACCGCAACAUCAGCAAUACACAGGACCUGAUUUCUCGGCGCCCUCACCAGGGGUCCCUCAUACUCAGAACACGGGCUACUCGGCGUACGCACCCAGUGAGAGCACAAGGUAUGAGCCUAGUCACAUGAAUGAGCCGCAAGAAUUAGGGACAACGUAUGAUCACAUCCCGAUGAGCCCACACGGCGGAAACGGACCGCCAACUGCAUUACAAGCCGGAAGAAAGGCUGGUGAGCCGUGGAGGGAGGUAUGA